ACUGCUGGCUGAGAGCGGUAGUUGAUCGGGAAUAGUCGCACAUUCACACAGCAACGUGAAACCGAGGCCAGCGAAAACGGCAGACCUAUAUCGUGGACUGCGACUCGACCAGCAGCUCAGAACAACUUCGAACGGCAUCCGAGACAGGUCCUCAAAGCAGGAACCACCAGCUGAACCGUGGUACCAAAGUGUGAGAUCAGCGACAGUAGUGAGAGCGAUAGUGUGGUAGAAUCCUAGUGUGUAACAUCCGACGAGCAGCCCGAGAACCCAGAAAAUCAUUACCGAAAAUGGUCUACGAUAGCGACUUCUACACCACCCGCCGGGUCGGUUCGACCUACACCCGACCGACGAUUUCGUCCUACACGGUGACGACACCACUGCGGUAUUCCGGAGUUCCUCGAUAUGAUUCAUACACCACCACCACAACGUAUCGCUCCCCAAUGCCAUACAUUGCCCAUAAGCGCAUAGUUCCAGUGACACGAUUCUCCACCACGCCGUCCAGGGUGAUACUGUCACCGGUGCGAGUGUUCGGUUCACCGGUUCGCGUUCUCGGCUCACCGGUCCGGGUUUACGGUUCACCGGUCCGUGUCAUCAGCUCGCCGGUACGAACCGUGGUCCGGGCCGUUCGGUCGCCAGUUCGUGUCAUCUCCUCGCCGGCACGCAUCUGCACAAUCCGCUCGUCCUAUCUGCGUCCGUCGAUCGUCAACAAAGAAUUCGAUCGUAUCGAACGUAAAUACCGUGCCAGCCCCGUAAGUAGUGCCCUCGAGCAGUAUUACAACUCGCCCUCAUACUUGGAAUACGACGAUGAGAAACGGGAAAUACGAAACUCUGCCGCCCUACUACUUCGCCAGCUGAACGAUCCAGUGCCACGUGUUUUGGCACCACCGGUACAGACAUCGGCCGCCGAACCAAAUCUCAAGAAAUGGGUUUACGAUCCAUUCAGCCACCACAACAAGUACAACAGUGACACCUACGUCAAAAGCACCAUCACCGAUCCACUGCGCAGUGUAGCCAGAGACAUUGAAGCCAUGUCCAGAUACCACUCGCCUGCCUCGCGCUAUGUCGAGUACGUCCUGCUAGAUGACAUUCUAUGGCGCUAUACCUACUACGUCGAUGAAAAGGGCAAAAAUCACUUGGCCAGCACGCGCAUUAUCGGAUCAAAGGCCUACCCGAAGAGCAAGCCACGAAUCUAUAACUACGACACGGCCCGGGUGGGCAGGGAUGUCAAUGUAAUGUCCCACUAUAAGUCGAACCGCAGUCAGGCCAAAACAGACGUUGAGGAAGCCCGUCCGACGCGCAAGUUCAACAACCCAAAGCUAUACGAUGACCCGACCGAUCCCAAACUCCAGGACAAGCAGAACAAAAUCGACCGGGUGGCCGAGCUGAACAAGGUGCGCUACGAACCGGUCAACCUGGAGCGAGAGCGAGUCAAAACGCUGGAAGAGUCCAAGAAGAAGGAAGAAGAAUCAAUCGAGCGGGAAGCGAAACGUCAACAGGAGAAAGCCCUACAGGAGGAGACGGCUCGGCUGGCCGCCAUCGAGGCCGAACGGAAGCGCCAGGAGGAGGAACGGCUAGCCGAAGAGGCUCGGCUGGCCGAGGAACGGCGAUUGGCCGAGGAAGCCCGACUGGCGGAGGAGGCGAGACUGGCUGAGGAAAAAAAGAAAAAAGCGGCCGAGAAGAAGCGCAAACAACAGGAGGAGGAACGUAAGCGUCAAGAGGAGGAGGAGCAAAAGCGUCAGCAGGAGGAAGCAGAGCAAAAGCGCAAGGUGGAAGAGGAGCGUAAGCGAUUGGAAGAAGAAGAGCUUAAGCGAAAGGCUGAAGAAGAAAAGAAACGAUUGGAAGAGGAAGAGAAAAAGCGUAAGGAAGAGGAAGAAAAGAAACGAUUGGAAGAGGAGGAACUCAAACGUAAGGAAGAAGAGGAAAAGAUUCGGUUGGAGGAACAACGACUGGCCGAGGAGGCUCGGCUCGCCGAAGAAGCCCGCCAGGCCGACGAAGCCCGCCAGGCCGAGGAGAGGAAACACAAGGAGGAAGAGGAAACUCGCAUUACCGAAGCGCAGAAGAUUCGCGAGGAUGAGCUUGCCCGUUUGAACGAAUUGGAGAAGCAGGCCAUCGAGGAAAAUAAUGACGAACUGUUUCGGGAAAUCGCCGAACUGAAGGCAAUCGCUCAAUCGGACGAGGAACUGCUGAAACGUCAAGCUGCCAAACUGGAGGAGGAAACUCCGGUCGCGCCGGAAGCUGCUCCCGCCGAAGCGGAAGGUAAAAGCCUGGCUGCUCCGGAGCCAUUAGCCAACGGAGUCGAAGUUGUUGCUGAAGAGGAGAGCAAGACUGAAGAAAGUCCUGCUUCUGAACAGUAAGCUCUGUCGGUCCCAUACCGUCACUUACAUAGGUUAAUGUUACUAGGGUUAUAUUUUUGUUCAAAAAGCGCUACAACGAAGUUUUGAACCUUAAAACUAUUUAAAGACACUAACGACAAUCGGCUAAGUAUGAAGUAAUAUUCAGGCAAAAAAUGGAAUCAAAUUCGACUAAAAUUAGGAGAAGUAUCUCUCUCUACGCUAACUCUAGGAACUCGAGACGUACACACAAAAAAACGUCAGAAACGCUGAAGUGCUCCGCUAAUAAAUGCCCAACCGUACGCAAUCGCCAAGGAUAUAGAUGACGUUGUCUAUAUUUGACCCUUUAGGUGAUCGAACGGUUUUUGUUUUGUGGAAGCGAACCUAUAUUUACAUGAAAAUACAAGUGUUACUGCCGAACUUUUGAAAUGCAUUUCUCUACAGCUUACUACUCCCUCCGCCCCGAAAUCAGAACCCAAAUUAUUACUAUGUGUCAAAGUUUAUUGUAAAAAAAUACAAGCACAACCACAUACACUUGUAAGAUUGCAACAAAGCUGUUAAGUUUGCCAAUAAAUAAAUUUCGAAAUACAAA